AUGAUACAGAUAACUACGUUCAUUCAUUUCUUUGCAUUAAAAAUAUCAUAUUUAAACAAAAUUAUGCUUCGAUGUCUCAUUUCCAAACAAAGCACUUUCGUGAAAUUUUUUCGAACAGCAAAAUUUCGCAGCUCUUGUUGGAUGGCAAUAAAUGAAGUGAGAUUUGAAAAAAGACUUAGUUGUGCAGUAAGCAACGUCACUCGAUUCAAAGAUACUCGGAGUUUUGCUAAUUUGUAA